CUUUUACUGGUCUGGAGUACUGAGUAUGAGCAUUCCAGUCCUUCAGAUGUUGUCAAUGCAUUCAUGCGCUUUCAUCUCAUGGUGUUCCUUGGUCUUGCAGGUUCAAUUCUUCUUCCUCUGGCAAAUCUGAUCAUCAUCGGACCACCUCGAUUCAUGAAUCAUCUGAACCUAACCGCUACGGACAAAGCAAAUAUACACACCAUCUUGCCGUGCCCUCGUCAUAUCUUGUCACUUGACCACCUCCUAUCAUAAUCUGGUCCCGGCCGAUCGCAGAUAUCUGAUGGCAACCUUCAGCACAUAGAACAAUAAUAUGGUCUGGCUCCCCUCCUCGAUGUUGGCACUAUGUUUCCGCGCUGUAGGAAG